AGUGUUGGCUUUGAAAAAACACAAGCUACGAUGGCAGAGGUGAAGCUACACGGAUUUUGGUAUAGUCCCUUUAGUUGGAGGGUGGUGUGGACCCUAAAGCUAAAGGGUAUACCAUAUGAUUACACAGAGGAAGAUCGCUUCAACAAGAGUCCUCAACUUCUUCAAUACAACCCAGUUCACAAGAAGACUCCAGUUCUCGUUCAUGCUGGAAAACCCAUAUGCGAGUCCAUGAUCAUUGUUGAAUACAUUGAUGAGAUAUGGUCACAGAAUCCAUUGCUUCCUGCUGAUCCAUAUGGGAGAGCUCUUGCACGGUUUUGGGCUAAAUAUGCCGAUGACAUGUUUUCUGCAGUUGCGGCACUCUUCCUUAGCAGUACUGGCGAAGAGCGGGAGAAGGCAAUAGAGAAGAUCUGGGAGCAUCUCAGAGUUGUUGAAGAUCAUUGCUUUGGUGAUGAGAAGAAAUUCUUUGGGGGAGACACUAUUAACAUCGUGGACAUAGCUUUAGGGUCCGUUGCUAAUUUUGUUUUGGUUGAGGAAGAUAUCUUUGAAGUGAAAGUCCUAGAAGCUGAGAAAUUCCCUCGCUUGAUUUCAUGGUUUAAUAAUUUCAGAGAUGUCCCGGUCAUCGCAGAAAACCUCCCUGACCCGGAGAAAGUUGUCGCUUGUCUUAAGUCUCUCAGAGAGAAAAGUACCGCAUCUUCCUAAGAAAAUGGUAACUUUUAUGAAGUGAAAUAUAAAGUAUUUGCGUCUUUAUGUAUUGUCUCUAUAAAUGUAUAUACUAAAUGAAGGUAGCUCAAUUUGGAUCUGACCUGAAUAUGUGUGGAUUACAGCAUGAGUUUUAUUUUAACCGGUAUAUCUUUGCAAGGAAUUUAAAGUUUUAAUAUUGAAUUCCUCUCCAGCAGAAU